AUGUCGAUUAAAUAUGAUUUCACCGGAAAGGUAGCUCUGAUAACUGGUUCGAGUUCGGGUAUCGGUGCCGGCAUUGCUGAACUGUUUGCCAAAUCGGGUGCCAAUGUUGUAGUUACCGGUCGUAAUGCCGAUCGUGUGGCCAAAGUGGCCAAACAAUGUACAGAUUUGUCACCGAAACAGUUGACUGCACUGGAAGUGGUCGGCGAUGUCAAUCGGGAAGUGGACUGCAAUUGCCUGAUUGAUACGACUGUCCAAACCUAUGGCAAAAUUGAUAUAUUGGUCAACAAUGUCGGUAUCGAUCAUUUUGCCGAUCCUAACAGUGCUGACUAUUAUCAACUGUUUUUAAGUGUUAUGCAAACAAACUUGAAUUCAGUGGUAUAUCUAACACACAAAUGUGUGCCAUAUUUGGCCAAAACUCGGGGCAAUGUUAUCAAUAUAUCGAGUAAUGCAUCAAAAGUAACGAUUAAUGGCUAUUCUCCUCACUGUAUGUCCAAAGCAGCGGUGGAUAUGUUUACCAAAUGUAUGGCCGCAGAGUUGGGACCCAAACAUCAUAUCAGAGUUAAUUCAGUCAAUACUGACCGACUUUCUAGUAAACAAUACUGGCCCGGUCAGCCCGAGGAUAUUGCACAAACUGUUGCCUUUCUGGCCAGUGAUACGGCAGCCGGUUUUCUGACCGGCAGUAUUGUUGUGGCCGACGGCGGACACUUGGCUGCUAAUGUUAGUUUGUAA